AAUAAACUACGUUUGACGAGUGACGCUUUCGUGUGGCUUGGCGUGGUGAUGCAAUCAGCCAAACUUAGGUGCGUAACUCGGGGGAUUUUUCUCCAAUUUCUAGACUUCCGUCGAAGUGAGUGGUAGCGAAAAACUUAUGCUUCCUAUUUGUGGAUACGUCUUUGUUGGUAUCACGAUGAAAGUUUUUCUUUUGCUUAAUCUAGUGGACAACAAGCAGUUUCGUUCUUGACAUAGAAGAAUCCUUGCGACAUUUUUCUCCGAUAUAAAAAUCAGACACAAUUUCAUCAAUUUGUUGUUGCCAGUGUGAGCUUUUUGCCUAAAUAUGAAUCGGGAAAGGAGAAAUAGAACAGAGACUCUUCAGAGAUCAGAGGCCAUAGCUAGUCUUAUCAAUCAGAUAAUGUUUUUCAUGCUCUGUGAUCGCUGGUUUUGCCCAGAAGAGAAACUGACUGGCUUGUACGCACUUCUUUUUUAUAAUGUCAUCUGCUAUCUCCUCAUAUACACUCAAAGACUGGUUUAUCUGCAGGACAUGACGCCAGUAGUGUUUAUCUCUGAGCAUUCCAACGUACGCCAUCUUGCCAUGACAGCCACCAAAGUCAUGUUAGAAUUCACGAGGGCAGUCACUUUUGUGGUGACUGGUGUGUUUAUGCUGUUAGUGUUUGGACUCGAACAAGGUCUAGAGCACUUCAAUCCUACUUGGCUGUAUAUUUUCAUAACAGGUCUUUACUUCACGCUCACAGAAAGAACUUGUCAAGAAAAGAUACCCUCCUUACUAACUUACCUAAAGUGCGACUUCUUUGAAAGCUUGGAAAGCCUCUGGACACCUGUUCUGGUACGGAUCUGUUCUUCGAUCGCUUCUGGUUUGAUGAUUCUUCUGGUAUUUAUAUGUUCUCAUGAAAACUGGAUUCUGUUGACAUCAGCAAGCUUCAUUAACGUCUACAUGUGCAUUAAAGAUAUGGAUCAUUAUUGGCAAGCUCUGAUGAAGGAAAAAUCGAGCAUUGAUAAGUACAGAUAUGCCACAGCGCAAGAGUUGAGUGACAAUGAUGAUGUCUGCGCCAUUUGCCUACAAUCGAUGGUAUGGGCACGAGUCACACCUUGUCAUCAUUUUUUUCAUGGAGAUUGCUUAAGAAGAUGCCUAAAAGAGCGUCCUUUCUGCCCCAUGUGCAAAUAUGGUCUCGAGUGAUUUGCUGAAGUUCAAGUUUUGUCAAUAUUUCAUUUUUAUACUACUUGUUAAUUUAAUUUAUUAUUUAUUUCUAGUCGAAACACGAUCGAUAAAACGAACUGAUCCAGUUGAUCUGGAAAAGCCAGUAGAAUGAAUAUUUUUGCGUUUAUUGCGGCAUUCUUGGCAAGUGUAUGUUUUAUAUAAUGAACCUGUUUAUAUACUUAAAAUAUUUGUUCUAUUGA